AUGGCUGCAACACUAUCUCCGGCUUCGCCAUCUGCCCCAGGACUGGCACGAGAGAUCGAGAAACUCCGCAAAACGGAGUUUACCGUCUUCAUCAACCUGCAGCCUGGUCUGAUGGUGUUUAUCGAGUUUUUUCGAGCUAGCAUCACAGUCCACGUGGUUGACGAGAUGGAAGGCAUGCUGUACCGACACAAGGUGAUGUUCAUGGAUGUCGGCAUUGAUACCAAAGUAGUGAACGAAAAGUCGACUCGAGAAUGGACUGGAUACGAUGCAAAGGCCCUCAAUGAAAAUACCAUUGCCAUUUUUGUCUACCAUGAUGUCUUCAACCUCACUAUUGAAGGACGAGGUGAGCUACGUCCCCUAGUGGUUAGAGUGGGAGAAUCAACUGAUUGGAUGGGCAGCUUUAUGCCUCUAUUUUCCAAAAUUCUUAAUAUCAGUGACCAGAUGGCAAAGACCAAGCCUGAGUCCACACCAGCUAAGGGCUUCCGACUGCUCCACCGAGUUCCAGAGUCCACAAACUACAUGAUCGUGUGCAGUGACGGAGUGACUAUUCCUGUUCAUUCACUUGUUCUUAAGUCGGUAUGGCCCUAUUUUGCCAAGCUGACGAGCUCAGAACCUGCCAAAAUCAAAGAGGGAGCAUGGGCUAUGCCUUAUGGGUCAACAUGGGUUUUCCCGCUGAUCAAAUACUGCUAUGGUGACCUGGAAACAAUGAACUUUGAGGAAGCAACGGGAGCGCUGAUCCUAGCACAGAGAUACGAUCUACCAGAACUAUCUCAAAUUGUCCAAAGACACAUUCUGGGAAGUCCUCUGAACAUUGAGACGUGCCUGCUGGGAUGGAAACGAGCCUUUGAGGGCAACAAUAGCGUGGUGAGAAUGUACUGUGCUCGACACUACUACCAAAACAUGAACCAGCUUGCCAUCAGCAAUACCUAUGCUGAGCUUACCAAGGAGGAGUUGAUCCAGCUCGGAAUAGAUGCCGGUGAGAGUCUGAAACAGAUUGAACGGAAAUAA